AUGGGAAGAAUUACCUUGAAGCAAGCAUACGAAAUAGCGAAAUACCACGCAACCUCUGAAUGGAAUAUCGCCAGAGAUUUAAGCGAGAGAGAUAUUAUUCCUAUGAUUAUUGAUGAAGCGCGCAAACUCGGUGUUGAGGUUGUCAAAAACGAUAUGGCUGCUGCCGAUUAUGCUGCGUUCAGAGAGCAUGCCAAGCUUCUGAAAGAAACCUAUGAAAGGAGAAAAGCGCAGGAAGAAAAAGAUAGACUGGAAGAAAUGCGAAGAAAAGCUGCCGAAGCGCGAAAAGCAGCCGCAGCAGCACUUGGCUAA